AUGUAUCCAACCUCGCUGCUCCACAUCUUGAUUUCGCUGUUCCUACUCCAUCAACGCGCGCAUGCCGAGUGUGAGCCAGUGACAUGCGGGGAACUCCCCAUCAAGUACCCAUUCUGGCUCGGCGGCCCGAGCCAUCCAUCGAAUUCCUCCUGCGGCCACCCGGCCUUCGAGUUACGGUGCGCCGGCAACAGCACCGUGGCUUCCCUGAGGGGCUCUGGCAUCCACGUCCACGACAUAGACUACGACACCAGGUCCUUCCUCGUGUCCCACGACAGAGUCACCCACGGCACCGACGCGGUGUGCUGCAUCGACUUCAACAUGUCGACCAUCCUACCUCUUGCCCCGUUUGAGAUCAGCCCCACCAACCGGGCCCUGUGCUUCCUCUACGACUGCAACGGGACAGAGCCGCGUGGGCGCGACUAUGUGAACGCCACCGGCGUGCCCAGCUGCCCUUGGCCCAUCUCCGUGUACCUCGGCGGCAGCUACGACCGGAACAUGCCGCCCGCAAUACCCACCGGAAACUGCAUGUACGCUUACCACCCGGUGCUUGGAUCGGAGGCAGCUAUCUUGACGGCGGCAAACUACAGUCGACUCCUGAAGAGCGGGUUCGUCCUAGAUUGGGCAGGCACCAGCGCUGGGGACUGCUCUUCCUGCAGUGCGAGUGGCGGGCAGUGUCGAUAUAAUAACGAGUCUGCUGCCUUCGCGUGCCUCUGCUCUGUUGGCAAAAUGCACGAGUCGACAUGCGCUGGUAGCAAGAGGAAAGGGAAGAAGAUUAUGCUAAUAGGUUUGACAUCAGCUGCUGCAACCUUGCUCUUUACAUGUCUUUAUGUGCUGGUAUGGCAUAGAAAGGGGAAAAGACUAAGGUUCAUUUGCAAGAAAACUAGCAGUAACACUGAAAAGAAUUAUGAGGCCAUGAUAGUAUCCCAUGGACCCCUAGCUCCAACAAGAUACAAGUACUCAGAGGUAAUGAAGAUAACAUCUUCUUGCAACAAUCAGCUGGGAGAAGGUGGUUAUGGUGUGGUUUUUAAAGGAAGACUGCAUGAUGGCCGUCUGGUUGCUGUGAAAUUCUUGCAUGGCUGCAAAGAAAAUGGGGACGAGUUUGUGAAUGAGGUUAUGAGCAUUGGAAGAACCUCUCAUGUUAAUGUUGUUAGCUUAUUUGGGUUUUCUUUAGAGGGAUCAAAACGAGCUCUAAUAUAUGAGUACAUGCCCAACAGUUCCUUGGAUAAAUACAUUUACUCAGAGAACGCCAAGGAAAUUUUAGGAUGGGAGAGGCUCUAUGGGAUAGCAAUCGGGAUUGCUCGAGGCCUUGAUUACUUGCAUCAUAGCUGCAACACACGCAUCGUCCAUUUCGAUAUCAAGCCUCAGAAUAUCCUUCUAGAUAAAGAUUUUAGCCCAAAGAUUGCUGAUUUUGGUCUAGCUAAAUUGUGUCAUACAAAGGAGAGCAAGCUUUCAAUGACGGGAGCUAGAGGAACAAUUGGAUUCAUUGCCCCAGAAGUUUACUCUCGAACCUUCGGGGUGGUUUCAACUAAGUCAGAUGUUUAUAGUUAUGGGAUGAUGCUGCUAGAGAUGGUUGGAGGUAGGAGAAAUGUAAAAUCAAUUGUUACAAAUUCUAGUGAAAAAUAUUUUCUAGAUUGGAUUUACGACCACUUUGAUCAAGAAGAUGGAUUACAAGCAUGUAAAGUCACGACCGGAAUUGAGGAAAUGGCGAAAAAGAUGACCUUAAUCGGCUUGUGGUGCAUACAAGUAUUACCUGUGCAUCGCCCUACUAUAACAAAUGUUCUAGAAAUGUUUAAGAGAAGCUCAGAUGAUCUGGACAUGCCACCAAAGAAGAAUUUCUGUGAAUUGCUGUAA